CUCUACUGCCUGGAACAUGGGAUCCAGCCGGACGGACAGAUGCCCAGUGACAAGACCAUUGGAGGAGGGGACGACUCCUUCAACACCUUCUUCAGUGAGACUGGAGCUGGAAAGCACGUCCCCAGAGCUGUUUUUGUGGACCUGGAGCCCACUGUCAUCGAUGAGGUGCGCACCGGGACCUACCGCCAGCUGUUCCACCCUGAGCAGCUGAUCACAGGUAAGGAGGAUGCUGCCAACAACUACGCCCGUGGACACUACACCAUCGGCAAAGAGAUCAUUGACCUGGUGCUGGACAGGAUCCGCAAACUGGCUGACCAGUGCACGGGCCUUCAGGGCUUCCUGGUUUUCCACAGCUUCGGAGGUGGCACCGGCUCUGGUUUCACCUCCCUGCUGAUGGAGCGUCUGUCUGUCGACUACGGCAAGAAGUCCAAGCUGGAGUUCUCCAUCUACCCAGCUCCCCAGGUGUCCACCGCUGUGGUGGAGCCCUACAACUCCAUCCUGACCACCCACACCACCCUGGAGCACUCUGACUGUGCCUUCAUGGUGGAUAACGAGGCCAUCUACGACAUCUGCCGUAGGAACCUCGAUAUCGAGCGUCCCACCUACACCAACCUGAACAGGCUAAUCGGUCAGAUUGUGUCCUCCAUCACUGCUUCCCUUCGUUUUGAUGGUGCCCUGAAUGUGGAUCUGACAGAGUUCCAGACCAACUUGGUGCCAUAUCCCCGUAUCCAUUUCCCUCUGGCGACCUAUGCCCCUGUCAUCUCUGCAGAGAAGGCGUACCACGAGCAGCUCUCAGUGGCCGAGAUCACAAACGCCUGCUUCGAGCCAGCCAAUCAGAUGGUUAAAUGUGACCCUCGCCACGGUAAAUACAUGGCUUGCUGCCUUUUGUACCGUGGUGAUGUGGUGCCCAAAGAUGUCAAUGCCGCC